AUGGGUGUCGCGAAGAAGACGAGAAAGUUUGGACAGGUCAAACGAGUCAUCGGCCUGAAGGAUGUCCGACUCAAGGAAAACCGAUUGAAAGAAGAACUCAAGCAGAAGGAGAAGGAGGCCAGGAGGACAGUUGGAGGAGAAGUCGUCAAGGAAGUUGCCCAGAUGCCGAGCGGCAUGUAUUUCGCCCACAACGACAACCUCAAGCCGCCAUAUAGCGUCCUCGUCGAUACAAAUUUCCUAAGUCAUACCGUUCAGAGGAAGCUGUCGCUGCUGGAAUCCAUGAUGGACUGCCUCUACGCAAAGUGCAACCCUAUCAUCACCUCAUGCGUCAUGGCCGAACUCGAGAAACUGGGUACAAAAUACAGACUGGCGUUGAAAAUUGCCAGAGAUGAGAGGUGGCAGCGGAUACAGUGCGAUCACAAGGGCACAUAUGCAGACGAUUGCAUCGUGGAUCGGGUGACGAAGGAUCGGAUAUAUAUCGUGGGGACCAACGACAAGGCCCUGAAGCAGAGGCUGCGAAAAAUUCCUGGAGUUCCGAUCAUGAGUGUCGCGAGGGGCAAAUAUGUAAUAGAGAGGCUUCCGGGAGCGCUGCCUAAAUGA